GUGUAUUAUGUAGGAGUCAUUAGUUUGGUUUUGUUGUUUUCGGAAUCGAAGCCGAGCUGAGCCGAGCAGUCAGAAAUAAAGAAAUUGAUAUUCAUGUUUUUUGUAAUUUGUAUACAUAGUUUUUUAAAUUUUAUAAUUUGCAACAGUGAACGAAGUGCUCGCAACACAGUUACAUCUGUGACUUACAAUAAUAUAACAUUUGAUAAAAUAUGGGAACUUCAUCGUGAAAUCUGUAACAGCCAUCUAAUUUAGAGUCAGUUGUUACAUACCUGCAAUCAGACAUAUCCUCGCCGAUUUUUCAUCAAUCAAUCUAUAUAAAAUGAAUAUAGUGUGCGUGAUAUGUAGCGAGUUAUUGACACCAUCUGACGAUGUUUUCCAUACACCGUGUGGGCACAUAUUCCACUAUGUGUGCUUGCUGCAAUGGUUUGACAGAUCACAGACUUGUCCACAAUGUCGAUUAAAGGCAACUCAUCAAUCAUCACAUAGGAUAUAUUUCAACUUUUCAAAUGACGUCAUCGAAGAAGAUGUUGCAACUCUGCAGAAUAGAAUUGACAAUAUGAAUUUUCAGCUAAAACUGAAAGACAAAGAUCUUAAUAAUCUUACAGAGGACAAUAAGAACUUGAAAUAUCAAACAAACAAAUUAAAACAGAAAAUUAUUGAAGUUGAAAGUGAAAUAACUAAAAAAGUAAAUGCAAUUUAUGCAUACAAAGAGCAGAUUAUAUCUUAUAAACAGUACUGUAUGGCCACAGAGAAUGAUAAGAAAGAGAAUAACGAGUUAAAGAAAAAAAUUGAACAUUUAAGAAACGUACAAAAUCUCCUAGAUUCUUCUACAACUGAAGUGGAUGAUGUAAUAUCGAAGACAAAUGAUACUUCCAAACUUGUAACAUACAUAACGGUGUUAAAAGGGGAACUUAACAAAAUAUAUGGGAAGAACAAAGAGUUGAAGGACAAAUGGAAAAAUGAACAGCAAAAAUUCAUGGAUGCUUCCAAAAAAAAUAAACAUUUGGUACAGGAAUGUGCUAAACAAAAUGAAUUGAAAGAACGUUAUACAGAAUUGGAAAAACAAUUACAACGCUGUGAAACCGAAAAGAUAUCUUUACAAACUCAGCUUUUUAAUAUGCAGACUGAUGCACAAGAAUGUGUCUCUAAUAAAGUACUCAUGCAGCAAGAGAACUGCAAGCAAGAGAGUUUAAAAACGCAUAAGGAACCUUGUAUCGCAAAAUCUAAUACGAAUGCAUCUAUGGCAAAAAUGGACAUUUCAAAACUCAAAAAGAAUGAUUUCAUUGUAGAUCUGGAUAGUACCGAGAAUAUUCCACGAAGUAAAUCGCAGGACCUUUUUUCGAUAAAAAACCGUGCUGUAAAGAGACCUAAUAACAAUUGGAGAAUACCUCCGGCACUUAUGAAAAAAUCAAUGAUUAAUCAACAAAGUCAAAAAACUAUCAGUGGCAGUGGCAUGAGUUUUGAUGGCUUCGGAGGACAUGCAAAAUAUGAUAAUUUUCCUAAUCCUAUUUCUAAUCCUAGUUCACAUGUAAAGAAAAUUAGAGAGGUCUCAAAGACGAACAAAUCAAAACUUGACAUGGUUGCGUUGAGGACGCACAGCAGGAAUGCACACUGACCAUUCGUGCUACGUCCUCCGCUUGUUGCUGAUCGAUUCGGUCCUGCCCGCGCUCAUCCGUGCCCGCCAAUCUCCGUACCGUUUCGAUCAGAUCAUCGAGAGAGACUUGAUUGUCGCCGUCGAAAUCUGGAAAUGAAGAUGAUCAGCACUUGUCGCUGUUUGCGUUCACGCAUUGGAAACGAACGAGUUGCGAGUACGCGCGUGUGCUUGUGUAACGUUGGUGAUUAAAAUUGACAAGACAG